AGUUCAGAUCUUUUAUUUACUAUCGAUUGCUAUAUCAUUCCCAUGAAAAUAUAUUAUAUUCAUUCAUACAGAUGGUGUAACGUUAUGAAUUUCCCAGAGCAGAGGUGUGUUUUCACCUUGUUUGUCUUGAUCUUUAUUGGAGCUGCUUUUGGUGAUCUUGGGGAAGGAAAGAGUGUCUGGAAAAAGUUUAAUCCCUUGGUUCCUGUGGAUGAAAGUCAGCUGUUUGUAUAUAAUACUUUCCCCAAGGACUUCUUAUGGGGUGUAGGAUCUUCAGCUUUCCAAACAGAAGGUUCAUGGGACAGAGAUGGGAGAGGUCCUUCAAUCUGGGACAAUUUUACACACAAUAUUGGUGAAACCACAGGAACUGACACUGGUGACAGUUAUAUAUUUUUUGAGAAGGACAUUACUGCUCUGCAAGAGUUGGGAGUUUCAUAUUAUCAGUUCUCUAUUUCAUGGACACGUCUCUUUCCAGAUGGUAUUGCAAAUAAUUUCAAUAUAGAAGGACUUCAGUACUAUAAUGCCCUAAUCAGCUCUUUACUUGACAGGAAAAUAAUGCCUGUAGUCACACUGUACCACUGGGAUUUGCCGCUGUAUAUUCAUGAAAAGUAUGGAGGGUGGAAAAAUGAAUCAAUAAUUGAUCUAUUCAAUGAUUAUGCCACCUUUUGUUUCCAUAUGUUUGGAGAUCGAGUUAAGUACUGGAUUACAAUCCAUAACCCUUUUCUUAUUGCCUGGAAUGGCUAUUACAAGGGUCAACAUGCCCCUGGGGAAAGAGAUGACUUAACUACGGUCUACAAUGUUGCUCACCAUCUGAUAAAGGCUCAUGCUAAAGUAUGGCACACCUACAAUGACAAAUUCCGUCCAAGUCAGAGAGGCUUCAUCUCCAUAGUCUUGGGGUCUCACUGGAUUCAACCACAAGUGAGGGGAGUCAACGAAAGACAGAUUACAGAAAAAUGCCAGCAGUCUAUCAAUGAAAUGCUGGGAUGGUUUGCACAACCAAUUUUUGGAGAUGGUGAAUACCCAAAUAUUUUUAAAAAUGAAAGCUUUAUGAAGAUCCCAACACUUACUCCUGAUGAAAAGAAUUAUGUCAAGGGAACUGCAGAUUUCUUUGCACUUUCUUUUGGUCCAAAUAAUUUUAAUAAACUGCAAAAUGCCCAGGGUCUACAGGAAUCACAUUAUAUAAGGCCAAUAUUAAACUGGAUUAAAUUGGAAUAUAACAGUCCCAGAAUCUUGAUUGCUGAGAAUGGCUGGUGCACGAUAAGUUAUGUUUCGACUGUAAACACAAUUGCCAUGUAUUCAAUGAAACUCUUUAUCAGCGAUGUACUACAAGCCAUGAAAUACGAUGGAGUUGAUGUGUUUGGUUACACAGCCUGGUCUCUACUGGAUGGUUUUGAAUGGGAACUUGCAAAUACAAUCAGACGAGGACUGUUUUAUAUAGAUUUCAACAGUAAAGAAAAAGACCGGCUUCCAAAGUCAACAGCUUUGUUUUAUAAAGAAAUCAUACGGUCAAAUAGCAUCCCUCAAAUAAGCUAUUCCAAAACUUCACAGGGGCAGUUUCCUUGUAAUUUUAAUUGGGGAGUCGCAGACUCUGUGCUACAGGCUGAACUUAGGCCUUCGUCUCCCCAGUUUAAUGAUCAUAAUGUGUACAUAUGGAACAUUACUGGGGAUGGGAUGCUACAUAAAGUUGAUGGAGUAUAUGUGAAGACUCGACCAGCACAAUGUACAGAUUUUAGUAGCAUUGGAAAACACCUAAAGCUGUUGAAGAAGAUGAAAGUUACCCACUACAAAUUUGCCCUUAACUGGUCUUUGAUCUUACCAAAUGGAGAUUUGUCUGUCACCAAUAAAGAAGUGCUUAGAUAUUACAGGUGCAUGAUCAGUGAACUACUACUAGUCAAUAUUACAUCAAUGGUUACACUGUAUCAUCCAACAAAUCUCAGUUUAGGCCUACCCGUUCCUUUGCUGAAAAAUGGGGGUUGGCUAAAUAGAUCUAUCACUCAUCAGUUUUAUGCCUAUGCUAAUGUGUGCUUUCAGGAGCUAGGUGACUUGGUUAAGUUCUGGAUUACUUUAAAUGAGCCAAAUAAAAUGAGUCUAAAUACCAGAAAUAGCAAUGAAACCUAUCAGAUGGUACAUAACAUGCUAAUUGCACAUGCCUUAGCUUGGCAUAAUUAUGACAAAAAUUAUAGGCCUCAUCAACAUGGACAGGUGUCACUAGCAUUGUACGCAGACUGGUUUGAACCAGCUAAUCCCUUUGCCAAAGAAGAUUACAAAGCUGCCGAAAGACGCCAAGAAUUUGAUAUAUCCUGGGUUGCAGAUCCAGUGUUUAAAACUGGUGACUAUCCCAAAUCAAUGAGAGAAUAUAUAACUUCCAAAUAUAAACGAGGUGUUUCUGAAUCAUUUUUGCCACAGUUCACAGAAGAUGAAAAGAGGCUUCUUAAAAGAACUGCUGACUUUUAUGCACUUAACCACUUUACAACAAGACUUGUGAGUCAUGUUUACAAGACUGGAAGCACACAGAGAGAUGACAGUGAUAGUGUACUACUAAAAGAUAUGACUUGGGUAACAUCACCGGCUGGAUUUUCAGUGGUGCCUUGGGGAAUACGUAAACUUCUGAAAUGGAUAAAAGUGAAUUAUGGGAAUAAAGAUAUUUACCUCACAGCAAGUGGGGUGGAUGACAGAAAUUCAACUAAUGAUAUACUUCGAAAAUAUUAUUUAAAAAAAUAUGUCAAUGAAAUUCUAACAGCAUUUCAGAAUGACCAUGUCAAUAUAAAAGGCUACUAUGCCUGGAAGCUGAGCAAUACAUUCAUUGGGUUCUUCUUACCACCAUAUGCUGAAUCAAAGGCCAAGCAGUCUGUGGAGGUAUACAACAAAAUAAUCAGUGACAAUGGAUUUCCUGCUGAAAAUUCAGUUAACGCAUGUCAUUUCCCUGAACAAGGAUCCUGUAGUUUGUUUUGUGAAUUCUUAGUGGAGAAGAAACCCCUGCUGUUCUUUGGAUUCUGUCUCCUGUUUGCUCUUGUCCUGCUUGUUAUGAUCAUUCACCUGCACAGAAAGAAAAAAGAAAGCCCUUACUAACUACCAAAACUCAAGCACUUUCGGAGGGUUGAUGCUACUAGUGGUCAUUGAGUCGAUCUGUUUCAUGAGUAAUGUCAGAAGUCUGAGAACAUUCCAAUAAAUAAAGUGAGAAAAGGAAUGCUGAAUGUAUGAAAGAGCAUACACAAAUGAAGUAUAACUGUACCACAUGCUUUGUGUUAGCAUGUGCUCUGGUGUCUUGCACUGUUACGCAUGUAAGAAUGAUUAAAUGCAUAUUCUACUAAGCGAAGGUAAACAGAGAACUAGAAGUUAAUUCUUUUUGACUCCUGAAGAGCAGUGAAACUAUUCUAAUCCCUACAGAGAGCUCUGAAUGGUGAAUGUUUAGUAUUACUGAUCAUGCAAAAUCUAAAAUACUCCUUAACACUUGCCCUACAAACUGCCAGUUUUUACUUAUCUGUAAAAUAGGUGAACACCUCAAAGAAUACUUCAUGCACUGAAAGAAUUCAUAUAGCUGAGGAGCUCUUCACCAUAUAAUGUGGAAACAUGUAUCCUAGUAUCUCCUAAUGAAUUCAUUCAAACUAUUUCUUAUCCCAAUAUUGGAAAGAGGGUUACCACUGAAUUUCAGUGUAUUUAGCACAAAAAACAAUGGUCUUUACACUUUUUUAAAGCCUAAAGGAUACAAAAAAAAUGCAAGCAGACAGGGGAUUGCUAGCUAACCUACAUAAACUAGAAUUUGGUCCUUUAGGUCUUUCCUUCCCUUUUUCAACAAACACAAGAGCAUUUUCCUUAACACCAUUGCGGAUGAUGAACUAACUUAUACUGUUAUUCUUUCUGUGAAUAUAUAUAUAUAUAUAUAUAUAUAUAUAUAUAUAUAUAUAUAUAAAUAAAACAUCAAUAUCACUGCAACGUUAUCCCACUUUGAAGUGUAAUGUCACCAGCUGUGAUUACAGACAGACUGACAUUUUAUCAUGACUCUCACUAUUGGAGUACAGCCUAAUAAAGAUGCAAUCUUUUUGUGAGAUAUCAAAUUAAAGCCAGUCUGUCCAAUUCCAUUACUAUCCUAGUUAGACAAAGUUUGACAGUAACUGUAUAUUAAAAUGUGACAUUAACUCAGAUGUUUGGAAAGCUGUAGGAAAGUACAGAUAUCAGAAAAUGAUAAUUCCACAGGUCUUUUAAAGUGAAAAAAGAACAUACAAUGUGUAAUUGUCUUAAAAAUGUCAUUCAUAGUUCUGAAAUGUUUGUAAAUCCAUAUAUUCUAAAAUCUUCUGUGUCAUAAUAUUUCAGUGUUUUUAUACUGAAAAUUGUACAUCUUUACUGUCCUUACUCUAUUAUAUUAUGUGUCACGUUACUGUUUUUAUAUCUCUAUCUCAAUGGCUCAUUAGCGCAAAAUUCUGUCACAUUCUGUAUUUGUACUCCACAUUUUUUUACAGUUGGGAAACCAUUUUCCACAUUGAAAUGUCACUUUUUUCAUAAAAUAUUACAUUUUAAAGCUCUACCAAUUAGAUUUCUAAUAAAUUAUUUCUUAUUUUUAGAUAUUUUAUAUAUGUAAGCAUUCUAAAAUGCAAAAUGCUGCCACUGUACCCAGCUUGGUCUCACUUUUGCAUGGCAAAUGUUCAGUUACUCAAUAAAUAUGAUUGUGCACUGCA